AUGGCCAAAACAAGGACAAAAAAACAAGUUACAGUUCCUCGAAAGAUUCGUGUGCGAAGGGAGGUCAACCACGUUUGUGAUAGUGAAGCGCUGGAAAGAGUUCAAGGGCUUCACACCGUCAUGGCACGUAUGGACCAGGCUCUGGCCACUGAUACUCGCUUGACAGAAGAGCUAAUGGCGCCGGACGAAUAUUAUGAAGAUGAAACAAAUCGAGAAGGAAAUGAAGACGCUGAAGAAGAUUCUGACUCUGACGACGGUUGGGUACCUAUCGAAAUUGUGGAACCCGACAAGAUCGAUCUCGCAAUUGAAUCAAACCUGGAACGACUCCGGCAAGAAGCUAUCCGGUUCAACUGGAAAAACCUCGUGAAGGACUUACAUGCGGUAUACCUCAAACAAAAAUCAGUCACCAAGAAUUGGACUGCAGAGAAUACUUACAGCGAUUAUACCUCCUGCAGCUGUAUCUCAUCAGCCAGAAGGCCCAUCGAUCUAGUCGAUAUCUAUGGCCAACGACGGGAGAGGUUGAAGUUCUGCUCGUGCACACCUGACGCGGUACGACUUGUCCAGAUGGGCUACCUUCCUGGAUCACCUAUCAGGCCAGUCACCGCCUUUUCAAUCCCGCUACUGAUCCUGCACAAUUGCCUGUGGAACAAUUGCCACAUCGGAGCAAUGCCAUUUACCACCGCCUUGAACCAAUAUCUGGAACCUCGAUCGAAUCGGUUGACAGUAAGAAACGGAAAGCAUCCGGUCAGAAGCAAACAUUUCAUUAUUUUGGAGGCCCGCGAGUUGCGCAAACCUUUUGCGGCUGCUGUUGAUCUAUACAGGGAGCUGGUGGAUCGGACCGAAGCCGUGGUUGGUGACGUAUUGCGGUUAGAAGAGCAGGCGGUGUUGGCUGCCCGGAGCUGUCCUGCGUGCUUUGGUCCAAGUCCACCCAAACUGAAUGAAUACCCUUGGAUGAGUCAAGAUAAGCUGAUCAUUUUCCUUGAUGGCAACUUCCAGCAUCGCCACCAUUCUAAGGCGAGCCGCGAUUACGAUCGAAUCCAAACUCCAAACAUAUUUGUCAGCCAGCAGGAGGUUGAUGCGAUGAAAGCCAAGAUCAUCGAUAUAGAGUUAUGCCAGAAGCCAAAAGACAAGAGAGACCAAUGUACAGAAGCUCACAAGGCAGCUGACGGCAAGCGUAAUGAGUCCUCGUGGAAAGGUUGCGACGACACCGGCCUUAUGGGAUGUUGCUGUCGCCACGAUGCUCCAAUAUACAUGGCAAACAUCAAUAAAUUGGGUGAACAGUGUUGUUUUCCGAUGGCUCUCCUAAACAAGAUUCUCAAUAAUGAGGCCCCGCAUCGACAUGUUGGCAUCCUAUACGACAUAGGUUGCUCUCUUGACAAUUACAUGGCUUUGCGCGGCUUACUCAGUGACCAACAAGAUCGUCUUCAAUUUGCGACCUCCGUUUUCCAUGCCUAUGUUCACUUGCGGACAUGUCAGCUGGAUUAUAAUCCUCGUUUUAACAAAGGUUGGGGGCUAUCGGAUGGGGAGGGGCUUGAACGCAUGUGGUCUUAUCUGUCACCUUUAGUCAGACCGUUAAGAUAUGCCACACGAAAUCAUCAGCUCGCCGCAAUCUCUCACCGAUUAAAAUACCACAAUACAAGGGCGGGUGUUGAUCGUUUUAUCCCAGCCACAUGGCUCAAAAGGAAGUUUGUUGCAGCAGCUCGACGGAGGGCUGAGACCAAGGCUACCCUUUGUGAGGUUUUAGAUAAACCCAAUCCUUUCUCCACGACCGGUCGAAAUUUUACGAAGCGUUUUUUCAAGGCCCAAUGGGAAGAACAACGAAAAUUCAAGGAAACACAUACUGAGGAGCAAGAAGAAAAUCGGGAUAAGUUGGUUGAAGUGUAUAAGCAAGAGGCCGCACUUGAGGCCUUGAGGACUCGGCUGCGCAACACUCCUUCUACAUACCUAGCCAGCGAACAGGAGGCUCACGAGCUUCUGGAUGAAUUAGAGACAACUGCUGAGGAACUAAGAAAGGCUGCCGAAAGCUUAGGCCGAGAUCAUCAACCCGAGCAACGGUGGGCCAGUUACACUAACCGUAGUGUUAGUGCAGCGUAG